AUGGCUUUAAAAGGGCACAAAGCAUGUCCCAGCAGCGGACACUUGCUGCCAUUCGCCGAUCUCAUUCCCGGUGUGGUCUCGGCGUCACCAUAUUCCCAUCCCUACGUCGAAUUCACCGGCAGCCUCGUCGACGUCAUGAAGAGAUACCCCCAUCUGAUCAGAAAAUCGUACGGCGACACGAUAUCGGAGAGGUGCUUCACCGGCGCGCCUUGGUCGGUGUUGCGGAUCCUCCGCAUCAUCGGCAUGGACAGUGAUGAUGACGAGGAAAUCUGUGCCGCAGCAGAAGCAUCGAAGCAGGUCGUGGCCAUCAUCCUGGCCUCACUCUCCAGCAUCGACCGCUCGUGGAGACUGUGUCGUCGCCUCUGUCCGUGUCGGAGGGACAUAUCCCUGGGACGGAUCGCUUUGCGACUAGGACGGGCGUUUUGGGUGCCUCUCACUGGCGGGCAAUAUGCUCGCAGGGGUUCGCUCGAGCUCGCACGUCUACGGACGUUCUUCCUGUCGACCGAGAGGGCCCAUGUGCUCUACCUCGAGUUUGAAGCCACGUCCAAAAGGGCGGAACAGAAGGAGCCGGGCGGCCAAAUCCCCAAGAUCGUGGUGGAGUUGUAUCGCGUGUCGGUUUCCAUUGAGGAGGAUAUCAGGGCCAAAGGAAUUGUCAUUGCCCUGAAUGAAGAUAAUGAAUGGUCAUCGUCCGGUGAUGAAUGA